CCUCUGGUGACAGUCCGACCAUCCUGCAGCUCUGUGGGCUUCAGGUCUGUCAAGCUGGUCUUCAGGUUUCAUCUCCACCAACUACAGGGCAAAAUUUGUUCCUCCACACUGGAGAUAAGUUUUGCCUGGACCUGCAUCUACAUCACUGCUUUGCUGCAUAGCAGUGCCAUGCUUCCAGGAGGCUGUGGGUGAGAAAGCAUGUCGUCAGACUACUACUGUGGAGAUGAUCUGGUGGAGCGGGGGUCCAUCCCCCUGGACAUCGACAACGUCCACAUGCUACUGCAGGUUGAACAAGAACAGAUUCAGAAGCGGACCUUCACUAACUGGGUCAAUGCUCAGCUGGCAAAGCGGAGGCCACCGUGUAUGGUCGUGGAUCUGUUCAAUGACUUCCGUGAUGGCUCCAAACUGCUGGACCUGCUGGAGGUGAUGAGCAGCCAGCGCAUCAGUCGGGAGCGAGGCAGGGGAAUGUUUCAGCACAGAAGCAACAUUGAGAAAGCCCUCUCGUUUCUGAAGAAGAAAUCGAUCAAACUGGUCAACAUAAACAUUCCUGACAUCACUGAUGGAAAGCCGUCCAUCAUCCUGGGCCUCAUAUGGACAAUCAUCCUACAGUAUCAUAUCGAGGAGUUGGCCAGUGGCCUAUCAUUCGACUCACGUCAGUCCUCCAUGGAGUCUCUGAACAGCCUGGACUCACGCUCCACCCUGUCAAGCCGGUCAGCCAGCAGCAGUCCGCUUCCUCCCAGAGGCUCACCGCUGCACCACCGCUUCAGGGUUUCUGCCAAGAAGGCCCUGCUUCUCUGGGUCCGGGAGCAGUGCCACAGAGCUGGCUGCACAAUAAAUGUGAAGGACUUCAAAGCAAGCUGGAGGAGUGGAGUUGUCUUCCUGGCGAUCCUGUACGCUCUGCGGCCCGACCUGGUGGAUCUGUCUGAAGCCAGAACCAGAAGCAACAAACAGAACCUGGAGGAGGCCUUCUGCAUUGCAGAGAAAGAGCUGAGGAUCCCCAGACUGCUGGAGCCUGAUGAUGUGGACGUUCGAGACCCUGAUGAGAAGUCCAUCAUAACCUAUGUGGCUCAGUUCCUGCAGUACUCCAGAGACCUCCCCGUGCCAGAGGAAGAAAUGCAGGUGACACCUGAUCGCAAGGCACAGGAAGUGACGUGCUGGUUGGUGCAGGCCUACAACGAGCUGCUGGAGGGAUGGGACUCCACAGAGGGGGAAAGCUAUUCACAGAGAUACCAUGUAUUUCAGACUUUUCUGGUGUCCUUUAAUGAGCAGCGGAGUCCCAUCAUACCUUUGCUAACGGCAAUGAGACGAAGCCCAAAUCUGAGCGAAGAGCAACGGGCUCUCAGAGAGGCAUGGGAUGCCCUCAUCGGAAAGCUUCGUGAAUACAAACUGGAGUUGGAUACGAGUCUUCCAGCCCCCUUGGAUACGGUGGCCUGCUGGCUGCUGAGAGCAGAGGGGGCUCGGGCUGAGGAGGACGGCGAGCCUCAGGACCAUGGCCGUGCUGCUGACGAAGCCAGGGAGAAACAGAAGCUGCUCAAAGUUUGCCUGGAUGAGAUGCCGCAGCAGCUGAAAACCUUCCAGUCCUUCCAGAACUCAGAUGAGUAUGGUAACAUGAUGUUCACGGGUGUGAGAGUAACUGCAAAGUACCAUGGGAUCAAGCUGGAGUACCAGGAGCAUCGCCACACAGUUUUAGAGCUGUUGGGGCAGAUGAGGACCAAGCUGCGGGUCUGGAAGAGACCUUACAUCUCCCCGGAGGCUGUCAGGGUGUUGCUGCAAGAGUGGCAUGAGCUGGUCACCAUACGGGCACUUCCUUCUUUGCUGGAAGCAGCUCUUCAUAAGCUGAAGCAAAUUUCUGAGAAAUACUCAAGUAAAUCUGCCCUUGCUGCAGAUUACCACCGUGUCAGUCAGCAGGUGAAGCAGCUGGAGGAGGACACUGCUGCUGUUUUGGAGGAGGUGACCAAAGCCAAAAGCACUAUGGGACAAGUCCUGUCUGCCUGGGACUCGUACAGCGACUGCCUCAGCUCCCUGCAGGCUUGGCUGGAGCAGGGCUCUGCAACACUCAGCCAUGGCCACAGACUAGAGGUGACAUCAGAGUCUAUGGCUGAAUGGGGCGCCCGACAGUUCCACCUAAACGAAGUGGGGAACUUGCUGAUUGAAUCAACAGAACCUCAGACCAGCAGGAGCCUGGCAGAGGAGCUGCGCAAACUUAACAUGCAGUGGACCGAGUUUGUCAAGAGAAACACGUUUGACACUGUGGCUGAGCCCAGUGCUGAUGUUCAGGCCAGACUCCAGGACCCCCAGGCUCUGAUCAGACAAGCCACUCUCAUUCUCAAAGAGCCUCUGGAUGUCAUGGCAGCUCCUUUGCGCACCUACAGAAAAAGACUACAGUUCAUAAUGAAGAAGAUAAAAGAUGUGGAUUUGGAUGCUCUGGCUCUCUCCCCAGAAUGCCCAGCAGAUCACUUACAGAAAAUGAAGCUCGCUAUGCCUGAAGUGAUGCAGACCCUAUCUGAGGCAGAGCAGGUGUGUGUUGAGCUGCAGCACAGUGUGUCUGGUCUGGACAGUCGCCUGGCUGAACUCCUGCACUGGGAGGCGGAUACCAGGGAGCUCUACCAGCUGCUGAGGACCGCAGAGCGACAACAGCCACAGCAGGGCCAAGACCCACGAGCCAGGGUCCUGAUUUCUCGUGGUCUACAGCUGGAGGGCCAGGUGGUGACAGAGGAGCAGGACCUGCAGGUGCUGGUGAUGACCAGGCAGAAAAGCUCUCCACUCCAGUACCUCCACGCCUCCUCCAUGCACGACAGAGUGCGAGCGGUUGUUGCACAAUCACAGGAGGCUGUAGGUAUGCUGAGCAGCCUGGGAGCCAGAAGAGAAAGAAGCAGAAGCCCCCCAGAAGGACCUCCCCCAUCUAAAGUUUUCAUCCAGGCUAAAGAGAAGCAUGUGAAACCAUCAGACACUAGGCAGCCAGCGCAGCAGCGUGAGACAAAGUUAGUUGCUCUUCAGCAUCAUGAAAUCUUUGUGCCAAAGCCAGGGAUGCAGGAAUACAGAGCAAAAAAGAUUGCUUCCCCCCCAAUGCCUUAUACCUACGCACAAGCCGUGAUGCAGACCAGGCCAAAGUCACAGCCAGAAGGCCACGUUCAAGCCAGGCUGGAGACUGCUGCACAAAAACAACAACAUACCAAGAAAGUACCCCCAGCCACAGCAGGAGCAACUUAA